AACCAAAAGAGGAAGUAAAUCACUGAAAAUAGCAAAACUGCUCACAGAAAGAAAACAUAUUAUUUUCAUCACAUCAUUGAGAAUCAAACAUUAAAAAAUGUUUCCAGCACCUCACUACAGGGAACAGUUAUCAUUGAUGUUAUCCGAGGUUUUAGAUGAUAUAGGUGUCAAUGAACAAAUGUUGAUGAAAAAGAAAAGAUCACUUGAGAAGAAUGAGAUUGAUAUUAUCACGAUUAUGUCACUUAGUGAAAAAAAUAUGACUGGAUGUUAUUUAGGGAGUCAAAUUGAAGGUACAACUACUAAAGGACUUAAAUCAGAUAUAGAUGGUAUACUUUGUGACAAUAAUUACAAUGUUAUACAAGACUUGUCAGAGUGGAAACGUGGCAAAGUAAACUACCUCUUGAUACAGGAUGCAAACACCACCCCUGGAUAUUGUUUCCUACAAUUGCUUCAGACUUAUAAACCCAAACCUGCAACUAAAAUUCCUGAUGACCACCAUAUACUUGUACCUGAAAGAAGAAAGAUAUUGUGUAAAAACACAUUUCUUAACGGCACUCAACAUCUGUCUACUGGUUAUAAACAUCAUGGACCAUCCAUCUCUGCAAAUAUCGAAGAAAACUGUAAUGCAGAUGUUGUGUUUGCUUUUCCAUGUAAAUCUUGGCCUCAAUCAGCAUCAGGUUGGUUAGAGAGACAAGGUACAGGAGGAUGGCCAACACAACAGAUGAGAAAAUGUGCAGCCGAAACAAGGUGUUUUGUCGUUCCAACUGGAAGUAAGGUCAGUAAAUAUCCUGAACUGGAAUGGAGAAUAUCUACAUCCCUGGCAGAGAGACAUCUUAUGUUUAAUCUUAAUAUGACACAAAUAAGAUGCAAUGUGUUACUGAAAAUGAUUCUAAAAUCAUUCCUGAAUCCUCAUGGGGAAAUAAAUAUAUCAAGUUAUAUGAUUAAAACAGUAUUAUUUCAUUGUAUAGAAAAUACAGAAAUAAGUAUUUGGAAAGAUAAAAAUUUAUUGACAUGUGUGAUAUUCUGCUUACAGGAAUUACACAUUUGUGUACAAAAUGAACAUUGUUCCCAUUUUAUAAUACCUAUAAACAACUUGAUGGCAGGGCAAUUUUCUUUCGAGACAAACCAUGAACUUUCAGGAAAUAUAAGUGACUUUAUUCAGAAUGAUAGACAAUGUUUGCUUCGAAUUCAUACUGAUGAUCUUGGAUAUAGACUACAAGUUAAACUGAACAUGGUACCACAGAGAGUUUACAGGUCUGAUUGUUCUUCUUUAUUAUUUAUUAUGUUUGCAUUUAAUAUAUUUUUAUUCACACUAAUUUCAUUAAAGUAAACGGAAACAU